AUGUCGUCAACACAGAUUGCAUCCUCGUUUGUCGAGGACGCUCCGCCAGGCGAGCUGUCCAAUGUCAUCACCGACAUCAAGGCCUUGACGCCUUCAGAGUCCGGCCUCAUCUCAAACAUCUCCCCCGCCAUCACCAAAUACCACGAGACACAGUUCAGCACAGUCAAGCUGCCGGGCAGCAGUGGCAGUGUCCUGGUCAGCCCGUACAACAGCCUGGGCAACAACCGUUACUACGACAGCGCCAACAACACCGCCUUCGACUUUGACCCCGUCGAACAGAAGGCCUCGAAUGCCCAGAGCCACUCUCUCGACAGCCAAAAUGCCGACCUGAUCCAGAAGCUGCACAAGGCCCUUCGCACACACGCCGAUGAACAUUACCCUGCUGCUACCGUGGGUGUCUUCCCUGCAGAGAAUGACACCAAGGUUGCUCUCGUACUUGUCAGCAACAAGUACAGCCCCAACAACUUCUGGAAUGGUCGCUGGCGUGCACACUACCUCUUCUCGCCUUCCAACUCAUCUCUCAGCGGCGCCAUUAACAUCGACGUCCACUACUAUGAAGACGGCAACGUCCGCCUUCAAACCUCAAAGCCCGUCUCAAUCUCAAAUGCCAGCGACGCCGUUCGCGAAAUCGCAAAGAUCGAGAAGAGCUACCAGACAGAAGUCAACCAGGCUUUUACAAAACUCAACGAGGGUGCCUUCAAGGGUUUGCGAAGACAGCUCCCCGUCACUCGCCAAAAGGUUGAGUGGGAGAAGAUCAGUGGCUACAGACUUGGUCAAGAUAUCGGCGGCGGCCGCUCCAGAUAG